AUGGAUGGCGGAGCGCCGAUUACUAGAAAUCGUGUUUGGACUACGAGCACUUCUAGCAACGGAUUCUUCAAUGAGAACCUGCAGCAACAGGCUCUGCCACGCUUACAGACACCCGGCAAUCUAAGCAUAUUGUCCGGACAAAUCGCGCCAACGCGAGCCUUCACUGGCAACGGCCAUGGGGACAGCGCACAAAGCAAACAAUUUUGUUGCCAACACGCCAACCCUAACCUGAUUGGAGUGCAGUCCAGAUUUCGACGCAAAUAUUAUCACAAGGCAGUGCUUGGUUCGCUGAUAGCUUUGGUAAUCAUCUUGUUGAUAACAAUCAUAGUAAUAAGCAUAAAUCAUAAGAAAUCUAGUGCAAUAUGCCGAAGCAAGGAGUGCAUCCGAACAGCGGCGAACCUUAUCUACGCCAUGGACAAAGAGACUGAUCCUUGCGAGGACUUUUACCAAUUCAGCUGCGGCCACUGGGCAGACGAGCAUCCACGUCCAGAUUCGGUUACAUCUAAUGAUUGGUUCCGCGAGCGGCAAGCGCAUGUGAUGCGCCUGCUGCGUGAGUUCCUCAAAUCGAAUAUCAGCAGUGAGGAACCGGAAGCUGUGGAGCACGCCAAAACAAUGUACAAGGCGUGCAUGGAUACCGAGAUGCUGGAUGAGCGUGGCUUGGAGCCAUUGGUUUACUUUUUGCGAAAGUUUAAGUUGCCUGUUGUUCCAUCGGAACUAAACGUGACUCUGAGUAGCUCGUCAAAAUAUGUUUCGGAGACAGUAGACUUCAACUGGCUGGAUACAGUCGCGGCCGUUAAGCAACAUCUAAGCUUGGAUCUAAUCAUUGGUUUCGAUGUGUUUCCGGAUCCGUUUAAUCGCACCAUCAAUCGAAUUGCAUUAGGCACACCAGAAACAGACUCCGCUUUGCCAUUUAAUAAUGACGAUUCGCGCAAACUGCUGUAUAAAAUACACAAGAAGACCGUGUUUACGCAGUACAGUGAAGAGGAUGAGACUGAGGAUGAUAGUCACGAGGAGCACGAAGAAGAGGAGGAAGACGCCAAGAAAACCGGUACCAAUGCGUAUACGGAAUAUGUACGAAAGGUCAUCGAAACAUACCUCAUUUACGUGGAUCCUGACAUUAACCGGGAGGAGGCGAGCGCUGGAAUUGGCGAGCUGGUUAAGCAUGGCUUGAAAGUGGCUCGUCAUCUUCACAAGCUGAAAUCAGAGGCGGAAAACUCAACAAAACCCUCGAAAAACCCCAUCGACGACAUAAUCUAUAUUUCGCUUCUGGAGCUGCAGAAUCAAACAGACAAGAACAUUGCUCCGAAAACACUGCCCAUUUGGGCGCGCUACAUGGAGCUGAUUCUGACGGGCACACGACAAGCGGGCAAGAUGCGCCUCGACGAUGUGAACAUAAUCACUAGCCAGGCAGAUAUUAUAUAUUUGCAAAACGUUGCCGAGUAUCUGAAUGAGGCACCACCCUCACAUAUCGAGUCCUACCUCUGGCUUAGUGCACUGGAAGAGUUGGUGCUGCAUACGACCAGCGAGAUGCGCCUCCUUCACUCGGAGUACAUGCGUCAUGUGAUUGGUACUGAGGGCAGUAGUCCUCGAUCACUGUAUUGUGCUCAUGGUGUCAAUAGUCUCUUUGGUAUGGCGGUCAGCUAUGUGCUCGCUGACGAGGAGUUUACGCAACACACGCUGCCUCGAGUGGAGCGAAUGCUAAGUGACAUACGGAGAUCAUUUGAUCGACUGGUCCGAGCUACCUCCUGGAUGGAUGGCAACACCAAGCGCAAGACGAUGCAGAAAUCGGCAGAAAUGAAGAGCUUCAUUGGCUUUCCUUCCUGGCUGACCAAUAGUUCGGCGUUGAAUGCCUAUUAUGCUGGGGUUAAGGUGAAUGCGAGUACCCAUCUGGAGAAUCUAAUGGGAUUCUUGCAUUGGCAAAUGCUUGGUAUGCUCAAUGAUAUGGACAAGCCGGAGCCAAUUGGUUGGGCGACAUCGCCAUCCAAUGUGAACGCCUUUCAUACGUUCCAGUCGAAUGCUAUAACUGUUCCGGUGGCUAUUUUGCAGUACCCCUUCUAUGAUCUAGGGUUGGAAGCCCUCAACUAUGGCGCAAUUGGCACUAUUCUCGGCCAUGAGCUGACCCACGGCUUCGAUGACAGCGGUCGCAUGUUUGAUAAGGAGGGUAAUAUGGUACAGUGGUGGUCCAACGAGACUGUACGUGAGUAUAUAAACCGCACAGAGUGCUUUGUGGACCAGUACAGUCGUUAUUAUCUGCCGGACAUCCACGAAUAUAUAGACGGUGAGCUAACGUUGGGUGAAAACAUUGCCGACAACGGCGGCAUGCGUGAAGCCUUUUACGCCUAUCGCCUGUACGUGAAGGACGUGGGUCGUGAACGUCUCAAGCUGCCCGGGUUGGAGCAUUUUUCUCACGAGCAACUGUUCUUUAUUGCGUUCGGCAACCUUUGGUGUGAGACGCUUACCCCCGCUGCUUCGCAGUAUGCUUUAGAAGACUCGCAUUGCCCCGGCAAGAUAAGAUUGAAGGGUGUGCUGUCCAACUCGGAAGAGUUUGCUCGUGCUUUUAAAUGUGCACGCGGCACAGGAAUGAAUCCGGAGGGGCCCAAAUGCCGAAUUUGGUAA